UUUAGCUGACACAUUCGGAGGGGUUCCUUAUCCUCACCUCGGCGGCACCAAUUCCCAGUUCGGAGAUCACAGCCAUGAACAUCUUCAGGAAGAAAACCUCACCUAAAGAUGCACUCCGGACAAGCAAACGAGAAAUGUCUGUUGCAACAAGAGGUAUUGAACGAGAGAUUUCGUCCCUGCAAUUGGAGGAGAAGAAAUUGGUGGCCGAGAUCAAGAAAACGGCUAAAACUGGGAAUGAGGCUGCCACCAGAAUCUUAGCUCGUCAACUUGUUCGGCUACGGCAACAAAUAACUAAUUUGCAGGGGAGUCGUGCCCAAAUCAGGGGUGUAGCAACUCAUACACAGGCACUGUAUGCCAGUACCUCAAUUUCCACUGGGAUGAAGGGCGCAACUAAAGCAAUGGUGGCCAUGAACAAGCAAAUGGCACCUGCAAAACAAGCUAAAGUGAUCAAAGAAUUCCAGAAGCAGUCAGCACAAAUGGAUAUGACGAUUGAGAUGAUGUCAGAAUCCAUUGAUGAAACUUUAGACAAAGAUGAGGCCGAAGAGGAAACAGAGGAGCUCACGAACCAGGUUCUGGAUGAGAUUGGCGUGGACAUUGCAUCACAGUUAUCAUCAGCUCCAAAAGGCCGGAUUGGAUCAAAGAAGGUCGAAAAUGUUGUUCCUAGCUCUGAAUCUCCCGAUGUUGAGGAACUCGAAAAGAGGUUGGCCUCUCUGCGACGUAUCUGACCUGAAAAGCAUAGUGAUUGGCUCCUGCUCAGCAAAGUAGCCUUGUUUUUUUUUUUUUUUUUCCUUUGUAAAUUUUGUCCAGUGGAAAACGAAGCAAAAUGGGUGUGGAUUUUUACUUCCGAUGCAGACAGAUACUAAUUUUAAUCGCCAAUUAUGGUGGAUAUAUAUAUAGAAGGAUGUUACAAACUUUUCUCGAAGCA